AUCAAAUCCAAUCGGACAAUGUGACAGAAAUUGAAAAUUAAAGGUUUAAUGUGGUGGAUUUUUAAAACACAGGGCGAAAUUGCAGAAUCAUGAAAAUGAGGUGUAAUAAACCAUUUUCUUAUUUUUGUUUUUCAAGAAUUGCAGGUCCAAGAUCCCAACUACAAGGGAAUUGCAGGUGGCUUUGAAGAUGGCAAAGGCACCCCAGAUCGCCAUUCUUGGAGCUGGUAUCUUUGUCAAAACUCAGUAUAUUCCUAGGCUUGCUGAGAUUUCUGAACUCGUCUUUGUUAAAGCCAUUUGGAGCCGUUCGGAGGAAUCUGCAAGAGGAGCUGUUGAGGUUGCUCAGAAAAGUUUUCCCGGUGUAGAAUGCAAGUGGGGGGAUAAGGGUCUUGAUGAGAUUCUUGAAGAUGAUUCUAUACUAGGUGUCGCAGUGGCUUUAGCUGGUCAAGCUCAGGUUGAUGUCUCUCUUCGAGUGCUCAGGGCAGGGAAACACGUCCUUCAAGAGAAACCGGCAGCAGCUUCUAUAAUUGAAUUGGAAAAUGCACUAGCACACUAUAAUUCCAUUCUUACCCAUGCCCCUAGUAAACCCAUUUGGGCUGUGGCCGAAAACUAUCGAUUUGAACCUGCUCUUGUGGAGGGAAAGAAGCUUAUAUCUGAAAUUGGAGAUAUGAUGAGUGUCCAACUUGUCAUUGAAGGAUCAAUGAACAGUUCAAACCCUUACUUCUCAAGCUCUUGGCGGCGCAAUUUUUCUGGGGGUUUCAUUCUGGAUAUGGGGGUACAUUUCAUUGCAGGGCUCAGGAUGCUUGUUGGAUGUGAUGUAGUCUCCGUGUCAGCUACAACCUCUCAUGUGGAUAAGACUUUACCUCCUCCAGAUAACAUAUCUUCUCUCUUUCAACUGGAUAAUGGAUGUUCAGGAGUUUUUGUGAUGGUUGUCUCUUCAAGGUCACCCAAGAUUUUCUGGAGAGUUGUUGGCUCAAAGGGAACAAUACAAAUCGAGCGUGGAAACCAUGAUGGAAGACAUGGCUAUGUGAUUUUAGUUUAUGGUGCAGAUGGGCAAAGCAAAAGCUCUUUUUACCCAUUUAGUGGAGUAACAGACGAAUUCAAAAGUUUUAUACAUGACAUAUCACAGGCCUCUCUCAAGAAGGGAAGUCCAUAUGAAGCUGAGCCUCGUCUCUCAUAUGUGGAAGGUGCCAGAGAUGUUGCAAUCCUAGAGGCAAUGCUGGAAUCUGGAAGCAGGCAAGGGGCACCAGUUCAUGUAAAGAAGUUUUAAACUUAAUUACGGAUCCAUCUCAUGCCAACUUAAUUUGUUGCAGUUUGCAUUAAAAUGCUAAGAUUCACAUUUUCAUAUCUUGAUAUGAAUUUGAAAUAAGAUAUGUGACACGAUUUUACACAUACAUGCUAAAAAAACCAUCAAGGGAGGUUGAAUUGGUUUUGAAGAGAAAAGGGCUAGCUUUUAUUUAUUUUAUUGGUGUUUGGAGCCUUUUGAGGUUCAUUCUCAUGAACUAGAAAAAAUACAAAACUCUUCUCUUCGACUUUUUUGUUCA